AUGGAUGCUCUGGUAAUGGUGAUGCGCCAGAUAGGGGGGAAGGUCCCAAAGAAUACUCUCCUCCCCAACAUGGAUUUUGCAGCAGAUUCUGACUACUUGGAAGUAAAUGAUAACUCCGCUGGUAUUUACCGAGGUGUACUGACAUGGUUCCAAUCCCAUGAACUUGGUGUCAUCUGUGGGGACAUGAUCUUCCUCAAAAUUGAUAAUGUCCUUCCAACAUGGAGCCACUAUUGCUUCAAACUCAAUGUUGACACUCCUGGAACCAAGACAAUUGUUUUAUGUGUCCACCAACCACAAGAACCAGACUCCAAGCCCACGGAGACCGAGUUGAAGCAAGAGUUCAAGGAGGAGGAUACCAUGGUAGCUGAUGUGGAGGACAUAUCUGACGUGAAAGUCAAGGAUGAGGACGAGGAUGCGGAAUCACUAGAUGGAGUCCUGACCAGAUGCCCAGUCUCCCCCUGCAUGCACUUGGGUCAGCACACCAGAAAUCCUGACCCCGCAACAUGGGACAUCCUACGUGCACAAAAGUGCCCUUGGCGUCACAUUGUGAGACUGUUUGAAGCAUCCAAGAUUCCACACAGGGUUGUGGAGCUUGAGGCUGUGAGAGUGAAAUCCACGAGUGUUUACCCCAAGAUCAUCAUCUUCCUCCUCAGGGAUGCUACUGAGGCAAUCUCUCUAAAUGAUGAGAGGGAUCAAGAGAAAGGCUCAAGUCGGAUGAGCACGAAGGCGCGCGGGGCUGCUCAGCAGGAUUGUUGUUCACACAGCGCGAGUUAUGCGGAAGAGUCGGAAUACACACGCGCUCUAUGCGCAACUAAGCAGAAAACAGAUAGUCGCUAUGCGCGCUCUCAGGGUAAUGAAAUACCCUGGAUGUGGUCAGAGACGGAGAUGACAGUGAGAGUACGCACCAACGGUACUGGACAGACAGGACAGGACAUGGGAGGGUAUUCCUAUCAAUGUGCCGGGCUGCGGAAGGGUGCAGAAUGUUGCUGA